GCGCGUGCGCAGGCCCGCCCCCUCCCCUCGGGCGUUACCGCCCCCUCUGCCGCGGCGCGCGGUAUCCCGGGCAGCGGUGUCACGGCGGGGAUUGGCCGAGGAGGCCGCGGGGCGGGACGCGAGGGGCGCGGUGAUUGGCUGCGGCGGCUGUCAGGCGCCGCGGGGUGAUGGAUGCGGGUGCCCGCUGAGGAGGGAGGGACGGAACGCUCCCCGGUUCCCCUCGGCGUCCGGCGCCGCGCCGGACACAGCCCUGCCCGCAGCGCGGGGUGGCGUCACACGGUUCUCAGUGUUCCCCUCUCCUAGGAAGGGCUUCGGAGCCGCUCCGUCCCGGGGCGAGCUGGCAGGAGGCGAGACUCCUCCAAAGUCCCGGUACUCUACCGCAAAAGCAUUCACUUGCCCCCGCAAUCCCCCCAGCCUCCCCGCGGGCCGCUCGCCACGCAGCCUCCGCACAACUUCACCGGAGCCUCCGCCUUCCCCGGGGCUUCCUUCACCCCACGCCCACGCCGGCCCUGCGCCGCCCGCCCCCUGGCUCGGCCCGCAUCCCCGCCGCCUUCCCUCCCUCCCCAAACCGCGGCGUAUGGGAGCGAGGAGGCUGCGUUGAUAUCGCCGGGGAGCGGCGGCGGCGGCGGCGGUGAGGAGGAGAGCGGGGAAGGGGGGAGCGGAGGAGAAGCAGAGCAGAGCGGCGCUGGCGCAGGCAGAGGGGCUGCCGCUGCCUCUGACAGACACUUUGCAGAGCACAUUUUGUUUCCAGAUUGUUUCGGAGGAGCUGGUUUAAGCCCCCCUCCUCUCUCCUCCUCCUCCUCCCCCCCUUUCCCCUCCCCACACACACACACACACACAAAUCCCUCUGAUUGUUCUUACCACCUCCUUCGUGAAUUACCACAACGACAGCCAUUCAAUCAGCUGCUGCUGGCUGUAGGGGACUAGCGGAGGGUGUGUGUGUGUCUCUCUCUCCCUCUUUUUCACACAAGAGGAGUCAGAUGUAGCUUCCCUCGGUUUUUUUGGGGGGGAGCUACCGAGAGAGGUGGGCAGGGAGUGAGACCUUCAUCGGGGUUACCGUCUUUGAAGGGAGCAGCACUUGCUCUCACCCGGAGAGGUGUGGGGAAGGAUUUUUGUUUCUUUGCCGGAUGAAAAUGUUGAGUCCUGCAAACGGAGACCAGCUUCACCUAGUGAACUAUGUGGAGGAUUAUCUGGACUCCAUCGAGUCUAUGCCCUUCGAUCUGCAGAGAAAUGUCUCCUUGAUGAGGGAAAUUGACGCCAAAUAUCAAGAGAUUCUGAAGGACCUGGAUGAUUACUAUGAAAAAUUUAAACGGGAGACAGAUGCUGUGCAGAAGAGAAGAAUGUUGCACUGCAUACAGAGAGCCUUGAUUCGAAGUCAGGAACUGGGGGACGAGAAGAUCCAAAUCGUCAGUCAGAUGGUGGAGCUGGUUGAGAACAGAACAAGGCAAGUGGACAGCCACGUGGAACUGUUUGAGACUUGUCAAGAGACUAAUGACACCACUGGAAACAGUGGGAAAGCCAGCCAGGACAAGUCCAAGAAUGAGACAAUCGCACAGGCUGAAAAGCCCAACAACAAGAGAUCGAGGAGGCAACGGAAUAAUGAGAAUCGAGAAAAUGCCUCAAAUAAUCAUGAUCAUGAUGACAUCACCUCAGGAACACCAAAGGAGAAGAAAGCAAAAACAUCCAAGAAGAAGAAACGAUCCAAGGCUAAAGCAGAGCGGGAAGCUUCUCCCCCUGACCUUCCUAUUGAUCCUAAUGAGCCAACAUACUGCUUGUGCAACCAAGUUUCCUAUGGAGAAAUGAUAGGAUGUGAUAAUGAUGAGUGCCCCAUCGAAUGGUUUCACUUUUCUUGUGUAGGACUCAACCAUAAACCAAAGGGCAAAUGGUACUGCCCCAAGUGUAGAGGAGAAAACGAGAAAACUAUGGACAAGGCAUUGGAGAAAUCUAAAAAAGAAAGGGCGUACAACAGGUAGUUUGUGGACUUCUCAUAGCGAAGGAAAAACCCACCAAACCAGUGUAUUUAUUGUCAGUGUCACCUUUGUUGAGGUGAAAGGAUUGUAAAAUGUAUAUUUUUAAAGGAGGUUUAAAGCUGAACCAUUCCUGUUACAGGGACGGCAGUAAGAAAUUUUGGGUUUCGUUUGGUAAGCUGUAACAAGAAUGUGGUCUGUGGACCAAUGUAUUCCAAAAGUAAAAUUAUAAGAAUAUUCGGGUGUUUCUUAAAAGACAAGUUAAUAAUUUUCUUUAUUUCUUUUCUUCUUUUUUUUUUUUUUUUUUAAGUGCUGGUAGCACUCUACCCACUAAAAUUUUGGCAAAUAUCUCUGAAAUGUUAAUUCUGUUUUCUUUAAUGAAAAGUGUUAUUUACCUUUUGAGUACAAUUGAUAAAUAGUUUAACCACCUGGCUGUAUCUGAAUAAAGCUGCAAUACAUUGCAAAUGUAACUUCUUUUGGUGAUAAGCAAGAACAAACAAAAGGAGGGAAAAAUUUGGUUCCUGCUACAAAGUGUCAGUAUAACAGUUCAAUAGCAAAUGUUUAAAUAGGCUUAGAGGAUUAUUUUUUAAAACAAAAAGUUAAUGGUUAAAUUUUAAGCAACAAAUAUUUUAUAUGCUGGCCAGGUACCACAAAGGCCAUUUUUAAAUGAUUGAAUAUGUUUUGUAUUUAACCAGGAAGUGGUUUAGUAAUGAGACAUAACAUAAAUGAAGCUUUAUACUGUCACAGAUAGUGGUGUAGCAAUCCUUAAUUUGUUUAAGUUGUAUAAAUGUACAUUUUAAGUGGAGUUGCACUUACUGUAUUAUACUUGGAAAUGCAGCCAAAUGCCAUUGUGUAACCAAUGUGCAUUUCCUGCUGUAUGUAUGAAAAUUGUACAGAUGUGAUAUUAAGAAAUAAAUGAAAUGACUUGGACAGUUUA